UCAAUAUGGCGGCUCAUGCUAGUGAAUUGGAGAUUGCUAAGAAGAAUUUAACUGAUGCUAUAGGAGAUAAUGUUAAACAUUACUGGGCCAAUUUAAAACUGUGGUUUAAACAGAAAAUAAGCAAGGAAGAAUUUGAUAUUGAGGCACGGCGUCUCUUGGCUCAGGAUAAUGUUCAUGUCCACAAUGAUUUCCUGCUGGCCAUUCUCACACGCUGCCAGAUUAUUGUAUCCACAUCAGAGGGGACAGGCUCAUUGCAGUGGACUGGUGGAUCUACAUCCAAACCAGGCAAACCCAACAGAGGAAAAAAGAAGUUUCCCUCAGUUCGUCAAAAGUUUGAUCACCGGUUUCAGCCGCAGAAUCCUCUGACUGCAGCACAACCAUUCAGUCCCCGUGAAGCUGCCUCGGAGGAGGAGAUGAGACUGAGCGCACAGACACUGCUGCUGCCCACUAAAGGACAGAUGGAGGCACGAAUGAUGGUGGCCGCCUUUGAGAUGGGCCUGGACAAUGUGACUGAAGACGCUGUCAGCACCAUGCUCUUUGCUCUAGAGGUCCAUUUAAAAGAUAUCAUCGCCGCUUUGGUUUCACGAAGGAAAGCAUACCGUUUGCGUGAUGGACACUUCCAGUAUGCCUUCGGCAGUGACGUCACACCCCGACCUUACCUAAAAAAUAGCUUGACAGCUUACCACACUGUCACAGAAUGCCCCCCACCAAGUGCCUCACUUCCUGUUGGCCCCCCUCCUCAGGUGUUACCAGACGAUGCAGAGCAACAGGCCGCUCUUCUGCUGGCAUGUUCUGGUGACAGUAUUCCUCCUCCUCUGUCGCCCAUCAGUGUGUACGAUUUAUUGGAGGCACUUCAGGUUCAUCGCAGAGUAAUGCCUUCUCACACUAUGUAUGCCCUGAACAUGGAGAGGAUUCUGUCCAGGCUUUGGCAUCCCAGCCACGAGGAGCUGGAGCAGGACCACAUCCACCGCCAGCAUCUCGCCACCAAAGAAGGCCUGCUAGUUAACUGAGAAAAGGUUUAGGGUGUUGACGGCAGGGCCUCUCAUUUCAUCAUGUACUGCAGUGCUCAAAAUGAUCAAAUCUUAUUGUAAUAUUAAGAAUGGGCACCAUUGCUCUUUGUAUAUACUAGUAAAUAUUAUUACUCUGAAAAAUUAUAAACUUUGUCCACAAUGUAGUGUUUUACAUUGCAAAGGUGUACUUUGUUGUGCUAACGUAAUGCUACCAGCCUCACACUAACAUAAGCAAGUUUUCAGUUAGGAUUUUAUACAUUUCUGGACAAUAUUUUGUGGAAAGGCAGUAAAUAUGCUUCAUAUUUUGUAAAUAUUUGUGUAUUGUUUGUUUUUUUGUAUGCAGGUAGAUUCAA